AUGGCACCUUCGGCUACCUGUGCACGUUGCGGAGAUCAUGAUGAAACCUUCCUUCAUUGUGUUCGAGAUUGCCGAUUUUCUAGCAACAUUUGGCACAAAAUUGGUUUCAUAGGUACUGACUUCUUCACUGUUCAAAAUGCUUAUGACUGGAUCAAAAAUAGCACCUCAGAUAACCGCACCACUCUCUUUCUUGUCGGUCUUUGGUGGGUUUGGAACCGCAAUUUAAUGUACCUAAAUAACGAAACUUGGUCGAUGACUCGUCUUUGCAACAACAUUCACAGUUCAACGGAUGUAAUCCGAUCAAGCUUCCAGAGAGAUGGCAGCGCUGCUCCACUUGAUCGUUUAAUUAAAUGGAAUUGCAACAAUCACCAAGGUUCAAUUUUAAAUGUUGAUGGCAGCUGCUUAGGAUCCCCAACCCAUGCGGGCUUUGGCGGUCUCCUCCGUAAUAAUGCAGGCUUUUAUUUAUCAGGCUUUUCAGGUUUCAUUCCCAACUCUACUGAUAUCCUAUUGGCAGAACUCACAACUAUUUACCAUGGAUUGAGUAAGGCUAUUGAAAUGGGUGUGGAUGAUUUGAUAUGCUAUUAUGACUCUCUCCUCUCCAUCAAUCUCAUCUUUGUUAACACGACGCGGUUUCAUAUCUAUGUUGUGUUAAUUCAAGAUAUUAAAGACAUGUUAGACAACCGUAAUUACUUCCUCCAGCAUACUCUCAGAGAGGGAAACCAGUGUGCUGACUACCUGGCUAAACUAGGAGCUUCCUCAUAUGUGGAGAUCAUCACCCACUCCUCGCCUCCGGUCGACCUCCUUCCCUUGCUAAGGAUCGACGCGUCGGGAAUUUUCUUUACUAGGCCCUAG